CGAGGGCUGCUCUUUCGAACGACCCCACUCUGGGUUGUCUUGCACAUACAUCUCCAUCCUGGAUGAUAAAUACUUCGAAGUACUACAUGUAUAUGCAUGCGGCUGCCCAACAAGCAUCCUUUACCUUCAACCUUGAUAAAUAUUAUAGGGUCACGCUAAUGCGGUUGCCUUGGCCGGCGAUGGCUGCUGCACGAGCGACAGCAUGGUGUGACGAUCUUGUUGCCGUGUCGCGUAGUACUUGUCCAAAAUGGUUCGAAUCUCCGUCAACUUGGAGUUGCUCGACUUGGUGUUUUCAGGCGUGUCGUCGCCCUUGGACUCGCUGGCCCAAUAUACGUCAUCCACGUGGUCUACCAUGAACAGCAGCGCGUCUUCCAGCAUCCCCUGCUUCUUUAUCACACUCGCCUUCCACUGCUCCACCUGCCGCCUCGCAUCCGCUCGAAUCUCGUCCUUCUCCAGCGCCAAGUGCUGUAGAGCCGACCGCUUCAGCUCGUUAUGCGCCUCGGUGACGACCAGGUCCAGCUCCUGCUUGGCCGUUGCUUUGGACGGUCUCGUGAGGCCGUGGGUCCAACCCCUAGACGCAGACUGGCUCUGCAUAUCUCGGUCGAGGCGGAGUUGCAUCACCUCUGCGCGAAGGAGGUCGAUCUCGCGCGCUUGGGCCGUCGAUUUCACAUUGGCCUCGCUCAGCUGAGUCACGAGCAGCUCGUUUUUUACGGCCAUGUCGUGCAGCGUCGUGGCCAUUUGGAGUUCUCGCUGGCUCAUGGUACUGUGCUGGGAACGACCCAUCAUCGUAGUCGCGCCGCCACGAACUGGAGCAACUUGGUCGCAAACUUCAUGGACGAUGGACCCACGACGAAACCGCAAUAAUAGAAACGCAGACUCGUCCAAGGCGGCGAUUUUGGACUGGACUUGGUGCAGCGAGUACACGGAUUCGCCAUUGAUGGCAAUGAGAGCGUCGCCAGGAAGGAUGGCCUUGGAUGCUUCCGCCGGCCCGAUGUCCCCUGCAUGCAGGCGGCGGAACGACGUGACAACCAACGCUUCGUGCGUGCGGUCGUCCACGGCCAGACAAAACCCAAGGCCUUUAGCGUCCUUCUGCAGCAACACGUCAAAUACUCCAGUGGUGGGGAGGUUGGUGGUGGUGGUUGUCUCGGUCGGCGAGGCGGGGGUCGGAGGUGACUCCAACCGGCAGGCAAACGUCGGUAGGUCGUCGGAUGUGCGGGUGAUGUGUUGGUCGGCAGAUGGAUCGUCGUCUCCUGCGACGACAGUGUAGUCGGCAUACUUAGUUGUCGACGCCAGCACUCGACUACUCGACGACUUCCACGUGUUGAGAGUUCGAAGAAACCGAGUGGAGAGGAGGGGUGGUGCGGUGCCACAGCCAUUUGUGAUGGUGGCGGCGGAGCUACUGCGUUGAGUCUGCAUCGCCACGCGGCGGGUACUUACGGAUGUGAAACUGAAGUCGCUGGUACUGGAGUCGUCG